AUGAAGUCAAGGGAAGCCAAAGGAGCUCUUUCAGCAGAUCUAUUAGUGUGUUUUCCUUCAAGAACCAGUCUAAAACUGAUGCCCAAGCCAAUUUGCAGCCCAGCGAGGCCCUCAGAGCCUAAAAAGCGCCACCAGUACAACCAGAACCACCAUCACCAACCUCACCACCACCAGCAGCUCGUCAAAAAAUCAAGCAUUGGCAAAAGCAGUCUAGGCCAAGCAAGCCCUCUGUUGUGGGCCAAGACCAAGCCCAUGGGCUCUGAGAUCUCCGAGCCCACGUCCCCAAAAGUCACCUGCGCUGGCCAGAUCAAAGUCAGGCACAAGUCCGGCUCGUGCAAAAGCUGGCAGUCAGUGAUGGAGGAGAUUGAGAGAAUUCACAACAACAAGAAACAGAGGAAACAGAGACGACUCGGUUGGGCAGAGGCUCUCGGGUUCAAGAAAGAAGUCAUGCAAUUCUUGACUUGCUUGAGAAACAUUCGGUUUGAUUUGCGGUGCUUUGGUUCUUUUCCUCAACCGGAUAUUUCUAGCGACGAGGAUGAAGAAGAAGAAGAGGAAGAAAACAGGGACUGUCGAGAAAACCAUGUGGGUGGUGAGGGAAUUAGCGACGGUGGUGAUCAGAGUAGCUCGAGGGCUAUGUUUUCAAAAUGGUUUAUGGUUUUACAGGAAAAUCAGAGUAAUGGGUUUUGCACAGAAGAUAAAAAGGAGAGAAAUGAUAGGCAGAGUUUGGAUGAGGAAGUUGGAUCAACUUCUGAAGUUCCAGUAGCCUCUGUUCCGCCACCAAAUGCUCUGUUGCUAAUGAGGUGCAGGUCUGCUCCUGCAAAGACUUGGCUAGAAGAGAAAGAAGAAGAAGAAGAAGAAGAGGAAGAAAAAGAAGCAGAAAACAAAAAUGGAUUGGAAAAAGAAGAGAAAAAGGCCAAAGUUACUUUGAAGAGCUUAAUGGAGGAAGAUAAACAGAGAAAGAAGACAGAGAGCUUGGUGGUGAUGGCAUAUGAUUCUGAUUUCUACAAGAUUUCUUCUGAUAUUUCCAAGGAGACAUGGGUUGUUGGUGGAAUGAAAGAUGCAAUUUCCAGAAGUCGAAGUUGGAAGAGAUGA